UCUCACCCCCCUCCCCCGCUUCCCCCCUCACGUGACCCCAGCUCCUGCCCAGCUCGGGGGUGGAAGCCUGGGCGGGGGAGCCUUGGGAGCCCAGGGGCUGCGUCCUGCUUCUGGCCCCUGUAGGCAGACAGACAUGUCUCAGGAGGGGGCCGCAGAGGGCUCCAGCACAGAGGACCCUGCCCUCAGUCCCCGCCGUGGCGGUGAGCUUUUCCAGGAGGAUGUGGAAGAAGCCAGCUCUGUGUCAGGCCUGACACCACACGUGCCGGGGGCGAGCCCUGGGGCCCGAGUUCGGGCUGGCAGCAGGAAGAGGGUCCUGAGGAAAGAGACCCAUCGAGGUACCCGCUCCCAGGCUGGGGGUGCUCCUGGGGCCCGCCUGGAGGCUGAGGCCCACUCGAUGGCCCUGGAGCUGCAAGCCGUGGGACAAAGCCAGGAUUUGGUGCCUGGCCCCCAGCUCCACUUCCAGCAGCCCAUAGUGCCUGCUCAGGGGAAGGCUCGGGCCUUCAAGAGGCUCCAGGUUUCUCUGCACGACAUCCUCACUGAAAGUUGGCCCGGGAACCCAUGUAGCGUGCCUGUAGGUCUCCCGGACAGAGCUUUGGUUGGCCGGGAGAGGUUGGCCGGGGUGGGGACGACGAGCUGCACCGGGCCAGGAGAGGCCAGAGUAGGUAGGAGUGAUGAAAGAGGCCCCACCCUCAGCAAAGAGGAGCCCCUCAAAAGGAGCCUACCAUCCUCACUGGGCCCAGCCCCUGUGGGAGCAAGAAAGAACAACAGGAAGUAUGCGGCCCGCUCAGAGGGUGGGGAGGGGGCAGAUGGCUUCUUGUGGUCUGGUCAGAGCCCUGGUGAGGACAACCCCCCGUGUGAGGGAGGCAGCCCACCAUGUGCUGACCUGGAGUCCUUGGGAGACCUUUGCGGUCCUCUCUCUCCCAAGGAGGGAGAGGGGUCUGGGUCAGGAGAUCCAAGUGGAACCUGUGUGGGAUGUGUCUCAGGGACUGAAAAGUUCGAAUAUUUGCCUGCUGCGGGGAACGGGGCCCAGCCAGGCAGCCCCUGUGAUCCUUUCGGGGUCCCACUGCCUGAUGGAGGAGAGUCCCGUAGGCCAGCUGCCUGGGAUCCUCCACAGAGCUCUGCACUGUGCCUGGGAGCGGCCUCCACAGAGUGGCAAGAAGCUGAGCCCCGAGCCGGGGCUGGCUGUGAUGAUGACCCUGCUGUCUCACCCAGUCAGACCGAGCUGGAGGUCAAGGCUCAGCCAGAGUCCAGGGGGAGGCUGGGACAAGGUCCCCCUGCUCCCACUGACAGACCCUCCAGCUCCUUGGUGCCUGCAACCAGCAAGGCUCACUUAGGCCCAUCCACGGGACAGAGAAGAUCCAAGUAUGCUAAGAGGUCGAGGAGAGGCCCAGUGCCCCGUGUCCAGCAACAGGGCGCAGACAGGAGUGCAGACGACUCCAGCCAGGACCGGCCAGAGGAAUCCCGCCCAGGAAGCUUCCCCAAACUGGUAAGUUGA